UCUCUCAUGCCAACAACUUCAUUUCCACAACAGCAAGCAAAUCCUUCUACAGGCUACUUGAUUGUCUAUAUAUCUUGCAUUCGGUUGCACAAAGUACCCAUGAAUCCAACGAACUAUCGUAGAUCACAAAGUGAGGAUGAGUUUGUCUUUUUUGUUCUUCCUACCUUACAAGUAGAAUCAUCACACUCAUCUGAGAAGAGGCCUAUGCAUACAUCAGAAAUGACAGGGGCUCGACGAGUUACAGAGAUAUUAACAGGACAUGAGUGUUUAUGCAAAAGACAUUUCCGAAUGGAGGUUGGAAUUUUUCAAGCCUUGGUCAAUAAAUUGCGUGAAAAAAAUCUCCUUGCUGAUACAAGAGCAAUUGCAGUGGAAGAGCAAGUUGCUAUUUUCUUAUAUGCAAUGGCAAAAAAUGCAAGUAAUGAAACCUUACAAGAAUUUUUUCAACAUAGUGGAGAAACAAUUAGUCGACACUUUGCAGCGGUUCUUGAUGCAAUCACACAGCUCACAUGUGUCUACAUAUGUCCACCUUCCUUGCAACCCCAUCCAAUCUUAAGCAGACCCCAAUUUUACCCCUUUUUCCAGGACUGUAUUGGUGCUAUAGAUGGUACACAUGUUUCAAUGACCAUUCCAUUACAACAACAAGAGCCAUACAGGAAUAGGAAGCAGACCAUCUCACAAAAUGUUAUGGUCGCUUGUGACUUUGAUCUGAAAUUUGUACAUGUGCAUGCUGGCUGGGAGGGAUCAGCAUCAGAUGCAAGGGUUCUACAAGAUGCACUUACCCAUGGAUUUCAUAUACCUCAUGGUAAAUUUUAUCUCGUAGAUGCUGGUUAUGCAAAUACACCACAAUUUCUUGCACCAUAUCGUGGCACUAGGUACCAUAUACAAGAACAGGGGAGAGCUCGUCAAAGGCCACGAGAUUACAAGGAACUAUUCAACCUUCGCCAUGCACAACUACGCAAUCAUAUUGAGAGAACUAUUGGUAUUCUGAAAAUGAGAUUUCCUAUUUUAAGAACUGCGUCUCACUACCCAGUUCAAAAGCAAAUUGACAUAUCUGUUGCCUGUUGUGUUUUACAUAAUUUCAUACGUCUACAUAAUGGUGACAUGUCAUGGCCAAACAAUGAUAUCAUGGAGAUUGAUCCACGCCAAAUCGUUGAUGUGCCAAGUGGAGAUAACAAUUAUCAUAGUGACAUACAAGCAUUUAAUUACUCUAGAGAUGCUGGAAAUCAAAUGCGAGAUCAUAUAGCAGAACAGAUGUGGGCACAAUAUUCAGCGCGAAGAGCUUAACAUAAUGUAAACUACGCAAUCUUUGUAUGAUAAUAUAUUUCAAUAUCGAUUUAUCUUCUUAGACAUGAUUGGAGUCCAGAACUUGAGAUAAGGUUACCUCCUUACCAAAAUACAUAACAAACACAGACUACCCAGGUCAGCUUAGUAAAAAGCAUGUUCUACUUACCAAAAGAUUAGAACCUCUGCUUGCCAAAAGAUUAGAGGCUCUAAAUUAUACCAAAAGAUUAGAUGCCUUACUUGCUUUCUAUUUCUAAUUCUGGUGAUCUGCUAUCUUACCAAUCUCGCUUGUAAUCCAAGCUAAUCUUAAUGCGUCAUUUUUAAAUGAUAAGAAUACUUCCAUGUUAUCCUUAAUCUUGAAUAUAUCAGAUGCCAUCAAUAGAUCUCCCACUUGCAGACCAUCCAAAUCUUCAAGCACAGUAAUACACUUGUUGAUGCUGUAAGGAUCUUCCAAUUUCUUCUCUUCAAUGGCAUCAAAUCGAUCUAUUUCUUCUUUCUUUAGUUUUAGGUAUCUUUCAUGAAAUCCAUCAGGAGGGCUAGCAGAUUUGUUUUUUUUCUUCUUUCCACGUCGAGAAUCAGGAAGCUCUGAAGUUAUUUGUGUGGAACUAGGUGGGACUUCCUUUUCAUGAACCUGAGCAGAUGGGUAUUGUGAUAAGCCCAAAUUUCCCUCAAUUUCUUCAUCAAAAGAAAAUUGCAAUCCCAAUUCAUCUACACCAUUUAAAGUAGGAGAUGGUGACUGAUAUGUUUCUGCUACAGUUGUUGCUUGUCCUCCAGGAGCUGAUGCUUUCUUCGUCUUGUUUGCAUAAUGAUCCAUACCUUGACGAGUUCUUCCUUCAGCAUAACGACCUGCAGAAUCAUAUUUAGGAAAACACAUAUGACUCGGAUGUAUUUGCAAGCAAUUAGAAACAACUCAUAAAAGCACAUAAAAUUCUCACCAUCAUACAGCUUUGAUAAAUCAUCAUAGUAUGGGAAUGACUUGUCUCUCCAAUGGAGGGCUGACUUGUUAUUCUUGCGAGCAGCAAAAGAUGCCCAAACACUAUCUGGUGCUUCCACCAUCAUUCUCUCACCAUUCCAUCCAAAACCACUUUGCUCCACCAAUUCUUUAACACUGCGAUAAUCUUUCUUCAAAUCUUGCUCCUUCUGUUUGACUUGGCCAAUA